AAGCUAUCCGAGCUGCUGAACCCAAACCUCCAAACUCGAGAUCAGGUCCUGGGACAGCUCCUUUCUAGUUCCGACUAGUUCCGACUGAAACCCAGAGCAGAUUCACAGCCCCUCUGACAUCUGAGCCAUCAGCCUGCACUACCGGAAUUGCCAGGCUGCGUAUAACGGUCGCCACGAAGCGCGCUCGCCUGGGUCUCUUCGAGAGCAUCGUUGUGGCGCCCCGGUCGCUUCCUUCCUUCCUUCCUCCGGCUACUGGACUGAUUCGGGUCGGUCCACCCGCCCGUCUCAAGGGCUCAAGGGCUUUCUCCAAACCAAAACCCCUCACGCGCCCUUCGAGCGGCGGAUUUCGCCUCCGAAUAAAAUGCAAAGCGUUCUCGCCUUCCUUCUCCUCCUCGCCUCGGGCUCCAACGAGACUCAGGAAGAAUUCAUCAGAAUUUGGCCAGAAAAGGCUGUGGUGGAAUAUGGAGGCUCCGUUGUGUUAAACUGCAGCUCCAACUGUGAGGGAAUUGGCUUUGAGAGCAGCUUAAAACAGGUUUCCGCAGGAAAUGGGACAUCUUGGAAAGCCUUCAAUUUCACCUAUGGAAAUAACUGGGAUCCUGAAAUAUUAUGCUUUGCUAAAUGUACGAGUGCCAUAACACCUCCGCGUACGAAGAUCACAGUUUACCGUGCUCCAGAGCGAGUAGUGCUUGACCCAGUGCCCAAAAUGGAGGUGGGCCAGGAGUAUACCUUGACCUGCCGGGUUCCCAACGUUGCCCCCAUCCGGAACCUCACCGUGAUCCUCUUCAAAGGGCAGGAAAAAAUUCUAGUGAAGACGUUUGAGAAUCACACUGCACCUGACGCUGCAGACGUUAAUGUGACCCACAAAAUAACUGCUCAGCAGAAUGACCAUAACGCAAAAAUCACCUGCAACGCAGAUCUGGACCUGAGACCUGAAGGGCCACGCUUUGAAAAGGCAUUUGGUGGCAAUGAAUCACUAACAACUGUUGUUUUUCCAAUGGAUCCUAGUCUUGAAACCCCACACUCCGCUGAGACUAAUACAAAGAUGACCGUGAACUGUAAUGUUUCUGGAGUUUUUCCAGCUGAAGAGGUCCAGUUUGAACUCUUGUUUGCAGGGGAGAGAAGGAACUUCAGCAGAAGAGUGUCGGGGGACACAGUGAGUGCCCAGGCUCUGAUGUCCUCUUCAUUAGCAGGAGAACAUAAGUUGAUCUGCACAGUCUCUCUGGGGCCAGUGACCAAAACUGUAGUGGAGAUAGUGAAUGUGUACCAUUUGCCCAAACCCAUCCUGGGCAUUAACCAGCCAAAUAUCCUCAUCAACCAAAGUGUGAUCAUUAAUUGCAGUUCUGAUGGCACUGAGUCCCCUGGUACUAAAAUGCAGAUCAGAGAUGCCAAGCAAACCUUUGCAAUCGGAAGCCCUCCUUUCCUGACGUUUCCGGUGAAAACACGGGAAGAGGACAAUGGGAGGGAAUUCAUAUGCCGAGUAGAGUUGAUGGUUGAUGGCCACCCAGUUGUAAAAGAGACAUCUGUAAACCUCACUGUCUUCUAUGGGCCUCAGAUGAACGAUUCUAGCUGCCCUAGUAUGUUGACCUGGAAGGAGGGCAGUGAAGAGACUUUUAACUGUUCAGCCUGGGGGAACCCACAGCCCACUGUUAAAUGCCAGAAAGGCAGCGAGCCUUACAGCAUUGGAGUACAACAGCAUGUCAGCAGAGAACACAGGGGCCUCUAUCAUUGCAUUGCCACCAAUGCAUAUGGCGCUGACGUUAAAAAUGUGACCAUAAAUGUUGAAUUUGAAUCUUCCCCGCUCAUCAUCCUUGCAAUCAUCCUACCAACUCUUGCGGUUAUUGGUCUUGUGGCUGCAGUGAUCUGUUAUAAGUAUUACAGAAGCUAUAAAAGUGGGGAAUACCGCAUAAGUCAGAUGCAGCAGCGGCGGCGGCGGCAGCAAGAAACCAUCGAGCUAAAGCGCCUGACUGGCAAUAUACAGACCAUGAAUGUCUAAGUGGACAGGUGGCUGCUAGACAAAUGUCUUGUCUAGAUCAGUGGUCUUCAACUGGUGGGUCACAAACCAAAAGUGGGUCACAAGAUCAGUCCGGAAGGGUAGCAGCAAAGCUGUUGCCGCCAUGUGGGACAAUUGUGAAAGUGGGUCCCAUGUUGCAGGUUGGGAGUCCAAAGUGGGUCUUCGAUCUGGACCAGUUGAAGACUACUGGCCUAGAUGGACCUAUGGAAUUCUUAGGCACCUAAUUUUAACUCAUCUGCCUUUUCCUUUCGCAGAUUUCCAGCCCAACAUCCUUGCAGUUAUUCUGCCGAUUUUUGUGGUUAUUGGUCUUAUACUUUUGGUGGCCUUUUGUGUAUAUAAGAAAUGGGA